AGGGAAAACGCGGCACAACUUUCCAGGGCUCUUUAGGAGGCAGGGUCUCUCUGCUGGGAUGGCCGAACUUGAAAGCCUUGGAGCUUGGGGAAGGAUGCCCGACCCUCAGAGUUUCGGGUGGCCCAGGCGAGAGCCGAAGUCCCGCGCCGGGCACCCUGCACCCCGGCGCCCAGGCCUACGCUGUCCCCGAGCGGGCCUCUGGGAAGGAAGGUUGACCAGGGUCGAAAGCAAGCACAACAAAAACUUAGUGUUGACAAAGAGAAAUCAAGAAACGUCAUUAAAUGUGCAGGCCAUAGAAGAAGAAGGCCUCACAGAAAAGGAGAGAAGAUAGAAAUAAAAACCAUACACCUUUAAGACUAGCAUAUAAAGAUCUGUCGAUUUUUAAAAUAACAAAUCUGUGUUUGUGAAAGACAGGCAGCCUUUUACUAAAUGACACAAGAAAAACUUGGGGGGUGGGUGAAGAAAAGGGGAAAAGUCUGAGCAGAUUCCCGACGAAAACGUCGGUUAGAAGGAAACUGAGGGAUAAAAAUGUCCCCUACAUGUGAACUCUGUGUUUUGAGCACGGAAGCAGACUAUCUCCUAAUGCACAAAAUGGGUUUUAGAUAAAAGUAUUUUUAAAAAUCGAGCGUAAUUAAAACAAUUCUUUCGUGUGAUUUUGUUUUAAAAAUGUUUGGAAAUAAACCAUUUGAGGGAUACAAAACGAAACCAAACAAAUAUUUUUGAAUCAUCAAAUUUAUUUACUGUUUUAAACAGUAGAAAAUCCGAGCGAAAGGUAAAAAUAUUAUUUAAAAUAUAUCUUAUUGUCGAAAUUAAACCUGCUGGAAAUAUUCGCUCAGUUGAGAUAAGGUCAAUACAAAAAUUGUGCAGUAAAAAGCGUAUGUAAUUUGAAACAGAAAAGGCCUUUAUUGGGGACAAAACUCCAGAGGAGAAAAACCCACACCGGACAUACAUCACAAAACUUCCUAGAACUCUCCUUUAAAUCGAAAUAAAUUUGUAAAAUGUGUUAUGAAAUACAACUCUACAAACAUCCAAAAUACAUUUCUGGUCAUAAUUAAUCUAAUUUGACAUUUUACUCUUUCUUUAAUGCAACUUUAAAUAAUUCAGGCUUUUCCUUAACAUGAUAGAUUUUUUUUCAGUAUCAGAAAUGGACAAGAGGAAACUCCAAUAAAGAGAAAAUCAAUGAAUCUAAAAGGAUGAAGAAUCUGAAAACCAGCUAGCCACAAUGUACAUUUAAUUGUAUUAAUUGUAUAUUUCAUUUAAAUAGCCCGUCUCAGAGGUUAAUAAUUUAGAAUCAAUAGUUCCCUUCAAAACAUAAUAAAAUAUUUACACUUUAUAAAAUAUUAAACGAUUAACAAUACAGCCAUGUUGUUUAUAAGAGUGUAACUGAAGUCCUGCAAAUCAUGCUGUUGACACAAGCCUGUGAGGUUAGCGAAGUGAUCCUUAGUAAAAUGUAAAUGAAGAUCUUCAGACAGUGGUGUUUAUAAAAUAGCUCAUUAAUGACUUGGGAUUGAAUCGCUCCAACCAUUCGCAUCAUCAGAUAUAAUAAUAGUGACGAAUCAGACAGGAAAGAUCCUGGCUAAACCAUUUGCAUUUUUUUCCAGAAGUACUGAACUCCUAAUAUCACCAAUUCUUCUAAAUUCCUGGACAUUGAUCCGGAGGAGGAUUCGCAGUUCAACAUCAAGGUCCCUGUGCGUUUUAUUGCGACCUGCCGGUGGGAACUUUGUCUCCGAGUCGGAGCAGCAUGGAGCGGCGGAGCGAGAGCCCGUGUCUGCGGGACAGCCCCGACCGGCGGAGCGGCAGCCCGGACGUCAAGGGGCCUCCCCCGGUGAAGGUGGCCCGGCUGGAGCAGAACGGCAGCCCCAUGGGAGCCCGCGGGAGGCCCAACGGCGCCGUGGCCAAGGCCGUGGGAGGUUUGAUGAUUCCUGUCUUUUGUGUCGUGGAGCAGUUGGACGGCUCUCUUGAAUAUGACAACAGAGAAGAACACGCUGAGUUUGUCCUGGUGCGGAAAGAUGUGCUUUUUAGCCAGCUGGUGGAGACUGCGCUCCUGGCCCUGGGGUAUUCUCAUAGCUCUGCCGCUCAGGCCCAAGGAAUAAUCAAGCUGGGAAGGUGGAACCCUCUCCCCCUCAGUUAUGUGACAGAUGCACCUGACGCGACAGUGGCCGACAUGCUACAAGAUGUCUAUCAUGUUGUGACGUUGAAAAUCCAAUUACAAAGUUGUUCAAAGUUGGAAGACUUGCCUGCGGAGCAGUGGAACCAUGCCACAGUCCGCAAUGCCUUAAAGGAACUGCUCAAAGAGAUGAACCAGAGCACAUUAGCCAAAGAAUGCCCUCUCUCCCAGAGUAUGAUUUCAUCCAUUGUAAAUAGCACAUAUUAUGCCAAUGUGUCAGCAACCAAGUGCCAGGAGUUUGGGAGAUGGUAUAAAAAGUACAAGAAGAUUAAAGUGGAAAGAGUGGAACGAGAAAACCUUUCAGACUAUUGUGUUCUGGGCCAGCGUCCAAUGCAUUUACCAAAUAUGAACCAGCUGGCAUCCCUGGGGAAAACCAACGAACAGUCUCCUCACAGCCAAAUCCAUCACAGUACUCCAAUCAGAAACCAAGUGCCCGCAUUACAGCCCAUCAUGAGCCCUGGUCUUCUUUCUCCCCAGCUCAGUCCACAACUUGUAAGGCAACAAAUAGCCAUGGCCCAUCUGAUAAACCAACAGAUUGCCGUUAGCCGGCUUCUGGCUCACCAGCAUCCUCAAGCCAUCAACCAGCAGUUCCUGAACCAUCCACCCAUCCCCAGAGCAGUUAAACCAGAGCCAACUAACUCUUCCGUGGAAGUCUCUCCAGAUAUCUACCAGCAAGUCAGAGAUGAGCUGAAGAGGGCCAGUGUGUCCCAAGCUGUCUUUGCAAGAGUGGCAUUCAACCGCACACAGGGAUUGUUGUCUGAGAUUCUGCGUAAGGAAGAAGACCCUCGGACAGCCUCUCAGUCUCUUCUAGUAAACCUGAGGGCCAUGCAGAAUUUCCUAAAUCUGCCAGAAGUGGAGCGAGAUCGCAUCUACCAGGAUGAGAGGGAGCGGAGCAUGAAUCCCAAUGUGAGCAUGGUCUCCUCGGCCUCCAGCAGUCCCAGCUCCUCCCGAACCCCUCAGGCCAAAACCUCGACACCGACAACAGACCUCCCUAUUAAGGUGGACGGCGCCAACGUCAACAUCACAGCUGCCAUUUAUGACGAGAUCCAACAGGAGAUGAAAAGGGCCAAGGUGUCUCAAGCCCUGUUUGCCAAAGUGGCUGCAAAUAAAAGUCAGGGCUGGCUGUGUGAACUGCUCCGCUGGAAGGAGAACCCAAGCCCAGAAAACCGCACCCUCUGGGAAAACCUCUGUACUAUCCGUCGCUUCCUGAACCUUCCCCAGCAUGAGAGGGAUGUGAUCUACGAGGAGGAGUCGAGGCACCACCACAGUGAACGCAUGCAACACGUAGUCCAGCUUCCACCUGAGCCGGUGCAGGUCCUUCAUAGACAGCAGUCUCAGCCAGCCAAGGAGAGUUCCCCUCCCAGAGAAGAAGCGCCUCCCCCACCUCCUCCGACUGAAGACAGUUGUGCCAAAAAGCCCCGGUCUCGCACAAAGAUCUCCUUAGAAGCCCUGGGGAUCCUCCAAAGCUUUAUUCAUGAUGUAGGCCUGUACCCUGACCAGGAAGCCAUCCACACUCUUUCGGCCCAGUUGGAUCUCCCCAAACACACCAUCAUCAAGUUCUUCCAGAAUCAGCGGUACCACGUGAAGCACCACGGGAAGCUGAAGGAGCACCUGGGCUCCGCGGUGGACGUGGCCGAGUAUAAGGACGAGGAGCUGCUGACCGAGUCAGAGGAGAAUGACAGCGAGGAAGGCUCCGAGGAGAUGUACAAAGUGGAGACCGAGGAGGAAAAUGCUGACAAAAGCAAGGCAGCACCUGCCGAAAUUGACCAGAGAUAAUGUGAACUCCUACUAGGCAAAGCAAUACGUCGGUCCAAGGAUUUUCUGCUUUUGUUUCUUUAAAAGUUUUUUUGUUUGGUUUGUUUUUUUUUUACUUUUUCUUCUUUUUUUUUUUUUUUUCUUUUUUGCUUUAUUUUUGUCUUUUUAUGUCUAUUUGUUUUGUUUUUCUUACCCUUUUGGACAUUUCUUUGUUGCACAGGAUACACCUAUAGACUGAAUAAGUUCAGUAUUUCCGAAUCAGACAUCGCCUUGGCAAAGACAUUAAAGCGUUACACUUUAUCCCGUCUCUAUGACUGGAUCAUAGUUAUUAUAAUCACAGGAGACUCUGCCUUCAUUAUCCUUGCACUUAACAGAAGUUACAUCAGGCAAGUUCCAGGAUGAAAAGAACUACGAAAUAGAUGAAGGAAGCUACAAGUGUGUGUGUAUAUGUAUAUGUAUAUAUCUCUAUAUUUACAUAUAUAUAUUAAAAUUGCAUGGGACAGAGACUUUACAAUCCGAAAGAAUAGACUGUGAAAUGAGUUCUUAAAGAAAAGACUUGUUUAUGUAUUAAAAAAAAAAACCACUUCACAGUGAGUCGCUUUGGCUUUUUGAUAAACUGCGGCCUGCUCUCAGGGUGGGGUGACUAUUUUUGAAUUCCUAUUUAUUUUUUGUGUUUGUCCCUGAUUUUUUUAAAUUCUAUGGCUUCCUAUCUGGCAGCUUAAUGGGUAAUUUUUGAGGUAUGUAUUUAACAAAAUAAACCAACACUGCCAAAAAAAAAAAAAAAAAAGAAAUAGAAGAAAGUAGAGUGAAAAAAAUCAGGGCACAUUAAAAUGAUACAAGUCAAAUUAUUUUUAAAGACACAAUGCACACUUAAAAUGACUCAAUAAAAUGACUCGCUAUGUUCCGUUAUUCAAUUUGUCAUUACUGUAGUGAACAGAUGUAUUUCUGUGGAAUUUCAAAUAAUUAAAACUGAAAUUCAGUGCAGAGAAAACUCUGUCCAUUAGUGCAAGUCUUGAUCAAGUGACAUUUUGACAUUGGACAUAUGGAAUUCAUAGUAUGAGCCACAUUUUGUUGUGAAAUUUAUUUACCUUGUGGCUUCAAAUUUGAAAAUUAAUAAGCCUGCUCAUUUAAAAGUUGUUUGCUGUUGCUGUUUUUUUUUUUUUUGUCUUUUUUGUUUUUUUUUAAAUAGAAAAUAGUUCAGUGUAAUAUUAAGUUAGAAAAGAAGUUGCUGCCCAGUUAAAGGGGCUCCCUCUCAAAUCUCUAUCCUUCACCCUCCCAAAAGACAUUUCUUACUUCUGUUUCACUUUGUGCUUCCUCUUCUUCACACACAUUCCAUCUACGUAAUCAAACAUUUUCAGUUCCUAAUCUCUCCUGUCCCUUUUCCUGGGAUGACAGCCCUAACAAGAACUGUUUUUGAAUCGUUGUGCAGCUCUGGGCAAUAGAUUAUGUGAAGUGAUUUCAGUAGAAUUACCUACUCAUCCUAAAAGAAAACAUUAUCCCAGUUACCUACAUGGCAAUUACCUUAUGUAAAGCAAAACUAAUGCUGACUGGAUGUUUAAAGGGAUGAGCAUUAAAGCUGCAAUCUACUAUAGUACUCCAGAUCUCUUUCAGCUUCCUAUGAGAAACACCAGAAGCAUUACUUUCCACUUCUACUUACAGUAAUUGCAAGAGGAGACCUCACCUUCAGGACUGGCCUAGUGAACGUAAUCCAUGCUUUAAACUGGCCAUUAAACAGUCCCACGUGGUUGGAUUUCUUUUUUCUUUUUUGAGUUGUACUCUCACGAAACCUUGUCAAAGACCUCAUGCAAUAUCACUUUGAAAGUUAUUUUCUGUUUACUACACAAACAUUGUAAUAUAACUGUUAAUACUAUUUAUAUAUUUGAAAGGUAUAAAAGGUAGGAGUUAAAAAAAACCUCUAUGUGUAGAUAUUAACUCAGAACUUACAAUAUACAGGGAGAAGACAUGUUGCAAUACAAGCUAAUUCUAGCUGCUCAGUAACCUCUGGAGUUUUUAAAGGGACAUUUUCCUGUACUUUUUCAAAUAAUGAUGUUUAAAAAUUAUCUUGACACGAGCGUCAUAUACCUUUGCAAAAGGAUGGUUGUUUGCAGUUAGCCCUGGGCCCAUCCUUCCUAUUUCUGUAGUAUGCUGCAGCUUUAAUCAGAAAGUCCAUGGUUGCUGCUUCCUGAUCUCCGAGUUACUCUUUCCAAAUUGUCUUCUUACACUGUUGCUGAAAGUCACUCUGUACACGUAAUGGAAACUGAUUUUGCCAAGCUCUUACAAGGUGGUUCAUCUAUCGAUGGCAUCCGCAUUUGGUAUCUUUUACACUUCAACCAAAAAUUUAUUAGGUAUUUUUCAAUGCUAAGUCUUGCCUUUUAUUUUUUAAUUUCACUGCCAAGUUUGCAGUGGUUCUAAGUGAAUCUGUGGGCAUUUUAGCCUGUGGUCUUGCCAGAUCUUUGCGAAUUACAAUGCAUAUAUGUCUAUUUAUUCAAUAUCUGUCAUAUAAUAUCUAUUUGGAAGAAGAAACUUUCUCUUGUAGUGCCUCUUGACAAAGCACAAUUUCCCGCCUUUUUUUUUUGUGAAAUGAAAAAAACAAAUUGUGUUUUAUUGCGGUAUCAACAAUGUGAAUAAGGAUUAACAUAUUGUAAAUGUUCUUUUUUCCAUGUAAAUCAACUAUCUUUGUUAUCACUAAGUGAUAAUUAAUUUUUAACUUAUGUGCAUUGUUAGGCUGUUAGAAUUUUUUGGUUGUUAAAAUAAACGCAUUCAAUAAAUA